GAUCAGCUUCCUCUGACGCCAUUGCACCGGUCACGGUCCAAGGCUCGUGCUCCUCUGCCUCUCUACGUGCGUGACUGCGUGGAGCUAGCAGUCGACAUGAGCUGGGAGAGGAAGAGCUCUGGCCGCGGCGGGCGAGAGAUGCGGGAGCGGCUGAUCCCCGCGGGCGGCAGCAAGGCCGGGUGCGUGCCGCGCGGGUGCGUGCCGGUGCUGGUCGGGGAGGACGGCGACCCCGAGCGGGUGGUGGUGGACAUACGCGCGCUGGGGCGGCCGCGCGUGCGGGCGCUGCUGGAGAUGGCCGAGCGGGAGUUCGGGUACGACCAGAAGGGCGUGCUGCGCAUCCCCUGCGCCGCCGAGGAGUUCCACCGCGCCGUCGCCGCCGACAGCACCGCGGCCGGAGGCCACCGGUGAAGACGAUGAUGAGGCCAGGCCACGUACAUGCCGACCAGCGCCUGGUGAGUCAGGUGCAUGUGUACAAAAGGUUUCAAUGGAGCGUGGCCUGACGUACGUAGGACGGGACCAAGCCUGGUCUGUAUAACAAGCAGCUCUGGUCGAUCAACUCCAUGGACACCCGCCACUUACAUAGAAAUAGACAGGCAUGCCUGAUUUGGUCUAGUUUUCCAUGAUGAGUUUGCAAGUGUUCAAACUUUGGAGAACGUGAGGACUGCUCGUCAAUUGAUUUGGUUUCGUUGCCCACACUCUCGCGUUAAGCUGCAGCGUGUCCCCCCUGUGCCUGCCGAGCCAUUUCAGGCGGAUUUGAGAUUUCUGCAUACGCGAGCACGGCACUGGGCCGUCUAAUUCGGGGAGAAUAUGCUUUUCUUUUUCUGGCUUCGGGCACUCUUGUUUACUGUUUUACC